GACGAUGUUUUAGUAAAUGCAAGAAACCGUGGGGUUUAGGGGCACUGAUGCUUCCGUGCCCUCUCUGCCAGUCUGCUGCUCGUCCCUCUCUCUCUCUCUCUCUCUCGCGGUAAGCAUUACUCCUGUUUGCAGAACUCAAGUCGUAGCCUUCAAUCAAAGACGAUCUGUUGACGAAAAUCUGCGGUUUAUAUCUUGCAAAACCUAAUUCUUUGCCGCUAUCUGACGUUUUUGUCAUCUUUUGUUUAAUAGAUUCUGAUGAUUUGUGGAUAUUGACAAAUCUUACAGAAGGGGUAGAAGGAAUGGUGCUGGUAUUGGCGCUGGGGGAUCUUCACAUCCCUCACAGGGCACCUGAUCUGCCUGCAAAGUUCAAAUCCAUGCUCGUUCCUGGCAAGAUUCAGCACAUCCUUUGCACAGGAAAUCUAUGUAUCAAAGAAGUUCAUGAUUACUUGAAGAGUCUUUGCCCAAGCCUGCAUAUUACACGAGGUGAAUAUGAUGAAGAUGCACGUUAUCCAGAAACCAAGACACUUAGUAUUGGUCAAUUUAAGCUUGGAUUGUGUCAUGGCCAUCAGGUUGUGCCAUGGGGAGACUUGGACUCUCUGGCCAUGCUCCAAAGACAGUUAGAUGUGGACAUCCUUGUGAGUGGUCAUACCCAUCAGUUCAAGGCCUACAAACAUGAGGGCGGUGUCGUCAUAAACCCUGGCUCUGCCACUGGCGCCUACAGCAGCAUUACCUACGAUGUGAACCCCAGCUUUGUCCUCAUGGACAUUGAUGGCCUGCGUGUUGUUGUCUAUGUUUAUGAACUCAUUGAUGGAGAGGUGAAGGUUGAUAAGAUUGAUUUUAAGAAGACAGCCACGACUCAAUCCACGCACUGAUAUUGAGCUCUGCUGUUUUGUUUGUUCAGCACAUUAUUUUGCCUGUUCCAAUUAAAAAUUUUCCAUGUAACAAUUUAUGGGAGUUUCUAGAAGGCUAAACUGUGGAGGUUUUAUUCUAUUAAUAGGCAGAACAGAACAAUUUUUUUUCAACUCUGGGAUUCCUUAUAGAUAAAUGUUGUACAUUUAAAUCUCUUCCCAUGGUAUUCUAUUAGCAUUCUUUGCCAAAAA